AUGGAGCUCCCAUACGACGCCCUCAAAACUGCCUUGACCCGUCGUACCACAGCUUCUGAACAAGUGCGCCUCCGCCAGCUGCUCACUGCUGAAGUCCUCGGCGACAGGAGACCCUCCCAACUCCUCCGUCGCAUGCAGCAACUCUUGGGCGAUCGUGCUUCAGCUGUGGAUGAAUCGAUCUUGCGCGAGCUGUUCUUACAGCGACUUCCGAACACCGUGCGCAUGAUCCUCACGACGUCCUCCACUGUGUCCCUGGAAGCCUUGGCGGAGAUAGCGGAUAAGAUCAUGGAUAUUGCUCCACUAGCCAUUUCUGUAGUCUCUUCAUCCACCGCCCCCGUUACCCCCACCUUGGCUGACUUUCAAGCUCUCCGUGAUGAGGAAGCGCGACUCACUACCGAGGUCUCCACCUCGCUUCACCUUAGCCAUCGUCCCCGAAGCCCCAGGCCCCGCAGCUCUCGCCGCGUCGGUCGUCGCCGCAGGCCCUUGCGCCCGCGGUCUACCGACUCUACAGGGUGUUGGUGUGGGAGACGACCACCGUGGGCGAUGACAAAGCAUUUGGGAUGGCGUUCGAUCACGUGGUGUGGUCCAGAGUAG